GUGUGUGGUACUGGUAGUCUCGCUGUGAGCGUUCUACAAUGAUCGGAUGCACAAUUAGAGUCUUUUCACAGUAAAGAUUCAUUAUACGGAAUCAGGGUAAAUCUUGUUUAAAAUGGCUGACGUUGUUGCUGUGUGGAGUGUUUCUCUAAGUGAUGGGAUUCACAAGGUUCAGUUUGAGCAUGGGACUACGAGCGGAAAGAGGGUCAUUUUUGUAGAUGGCAAGGAGAUUUGCAGGAAGAAUUGGAUGUUCAAGCUGGUCGGCAGGGAAACGUUCACCAUAAGUGGUACCAGGGCAGUCAUUAACAUAGAUGCAUGCAGCGGUUUUGCAUACGAGUACCAAUUGGAGGUUGGAGGCAAGAGCUUGGAGAAGUUUGUGGAGCAGAGGAGCAGAACCUGCAAAGUCUGGACACCAACGAUAGAUGGAGUUGGACAUAGGAUAGUUCUUGAGAAAGAUUCUAUGGAAGUUUGGUGUGAUGGUCAUGUUCUAGAAACAGCAGGUGAGUUUGUGGAGGAUGGUACAGAGACCCAUUUUGAGCUGUCAGGACGCGCUUGUUACAUCAAAGCAGUCAGCAGCGGUAAGAGGAGAGAGGGCCUCGUCCAUUCACUCGUCAUUGAUGAUAGGGAAAUCCCCGAAACGAUGGAAUGAUGUCAUCAUUUAUACUAUUACACAGACAACACUGACUUGUACAUUGUAGGUAUGAAUUGUGAGCAGUACCAAAUUGAAACAGAGCGUUCAUUCUGCAGGCUAUUGUAACAAAAAAAGGAAAAGAGAUGAACAUUACUGUGGAGAUUUGUAGAGAGAUCAUGAGUGGAAUUCCUGGGAUUGUUUUUUACAAGGUGGAAUGGAAUCUACAGAAUCAGAAGGCAACCUAAUGACCAAACUAGAAAAUAUCACAAGGAUCCCAUGCAAUGGUGGAACUGUGUUCCAUUCUUUCAAUGUACUUAUGCUGAAUUAUAUCUAAACAUACUCCUCACUGAACGAAAAAAAACCUUGAAAGGCUCGAUCAUACAGUUUAUGACGCGGUGAACUGCUUGUCUUUUGGAAAGGCGAGUGGUGUGAGGAAGUGAAUCUGGGCGUAACAAAGGUAAUAUGCAUCCUUAGUAAUCUGAGUGUUAUAAGAUGCAGGGGUCAGAAAGUGAAUCAUGUUACAUGUACAUUUAUCUUGCUCUGGCUGUGUUCCCGCUGUUAUUUACCAUGGCAUGUGGGAACAAAGCUAAAGGAAAAAGAUGAAGAAAAACAGUGUUCAAUUAAAUAAAACAUGUUGAAGUUUCUGUGUGUAUUAAAAAACUGUUAUAAAUAUUGUCACGAGUCUACGUGUACAAAUGUUCAUGUUUAUAUCUCCACAAAUAUUAGAAUCAGCACUAUUAGAAUGUAACUUGGACUGUCAUGAGUAUGAGGCACUAAAUAUAGAAGACAUAAUAACAGCAGUGCUUUCCUGUAUGUUCAACAACACAUGAAAGAAAUUUGGUAUGGACCAGUAGGAUUUCUUUGCACAAUGCAUCAAAGCUAGCUGAUAUCAGACUGCAUCUGAUGCACAUGCAUAUCCAACAUAAAGCAACAAACACCGUCAUUUGGGACGGCACAGAGAAUAUCCUACCAGAGAGCAUACAAUAUUAUUCCUAGCAGUUUGUUUUAUUUGGGAAAUCUGCCCCCCCCCCCCAUGUGGGUAGUUGUUGCUGAUAUGCACAAUAUGUAAAACCUGUCCAUUGUCUACCCCCCCCCCCCUCUCCUUGAAAUACAGGACUUUUAAAUUAUUACACCCACUUUUGAUGGUAAUCGGUAGAUGAUUUGAAUCCCCCAAUGAUCAAUUUGUUAUUCAAUCAUCAGUAUUUCUGGAUAAAAAUACUGUGUGCACUAUACAUGUACAUGUACAUGUAUAUAGUCAGUUACUUGUAUGAUGAAAGGCACUAGAUAUAUUUAAACUGUAAGAAACAUUUAUUAUUAUUUGUAUACAUUUAGACAGUCCAUGUUUGCGGUCACUAUUCACGUGUGAAAAUUAAAAUGGCUUUUAAAGUUUUAAACAGGGGUGUCAAAAUGUACAUCAAUGAGUGGACAUUUUCUUGCUACUGAUGAAAUUGUGUAGUUGAGUGAUUGUUUUAGAUAAUUUAUUUGUUUUUAAAUUUUAAAAUUUAGCACAUAACUUUUGCAUUAUUUGAUUCAUAUUAUAUUUUUGUAAGUAAAUCAAACAUUUACGUAAUUUUAUUAUUUGUGUUGCUUACAUGUAAGUUGUUCUUAAUUAUUAUUGUGAUAAAGUGUAUUUAUCUAAUGUACACUCAGCAGAAAGAAAGAAGAAAGUGCACACUAGAUACGGUUAAGAUUUUCAGAUACAAUUUUUAAUGUAAAGUUAUCUUUCAUAUAUCGAUUAUCAAAUAAACAUACCCUUUCAAGAAAUCAAUUCAAGGGUAAUUUCAGUGCCCUGUUGUAGUUCCCCUAGAUAUCUUACUCGGCUUACUCUGGACCUACCCCUUUAAUAAAAACAUCCAUAAGAUGUUGAUAUGAAGUUUUUAGAAUUUGUUUAAUUAUAUUGUGAAACUAUGUAUGUAUUCAUGGAAAGUUUAUAUAUUUUUACAUUAAAAAAACAUUCUUAACAGGAUCUUAAAAUGCUGCAUAUAGGGAAUUUUUCCUUAAAAAAUGACACAGGUAUAAAUUGCUGAAAGAGUGAACAGGGAUUAUAGUGUUGGGUUUAUUUAGCUUUUUAUGGUGUGUAAUCUGUUGUACUGUAAAGGCCUUGUACGUGACUGUUUAUUGCCAAUCAAAUUAGAAAAUGCCUAAGUCUGCCUAAGUCAACAUAUAAUGGUCUGAAAAUAGUGAAAAAACAGCACAGAAUAAUUUUGUGUUUGACUAUUUUCAACCCAGAAUAUAUUUUUUCCAUCUAUAUUUUGUUCUGAAGCUUACACAUUUUGGGGGGGUCUAUAUUCCAUUUUUUUUGCAUGAGAAAAUAUAAGAAAAAUAGUCUAGUGUACUUUAAAAUACCACAAAGAUAUAGAGAAUAAAUUUAAAAAACAUUCAUGUGAAAAACAACCAGGGUGAUUACACUUUUAUUUCCUUAAUUAGUAUUUUGACUCUUGCCAUCACAAACAUGUUUUUUUAUUUAAAUCGGCAUGGAUGUUAUUUUUCUUUCUUUCGGAUUUAUGAAGUACUUCAGUGAUUUAGAUAAUUCUUUAUUAUAAUAUAUUUUAAUAUUUUAUUUAUUUGUUUGCUCCUAAAUUUAAUGUCAUCUUUGUAUACAAACCUACAGCAAAUGGAUUUUCCCCCCAUUGCUUUUAAUAGUAAUCAAUUAUUUUUUUAUAAAAUUCGUAAUGCUUAGUCCAUAAAUCUUUCCUAGCCUUAACUUCCAUCAUGAGGUUAUUAUGAGGAGAUAAUUAUGUUGAGAAAUUACCCAUUUUCAACCACUUUUGGGGUAUUUUUUGCCAGUAUGAUGUAAAUUGUUGAAUCUUUCCUAGGUUAAUACAACUACAACAAAAUAACACUACUCUGCAUGCACAGAAACAGACACUUCACCACAAUGAAUGAAGCCAUGACCAGAGUCUAGCUCUGUGAGUCUCUGUGUCAAAUAAGAUUAAAAUUAUUGUCCAGAUUUUGAAUCGGCUAAAGUAGAGAGCCUAUGUUGUAUGCUGUCAAUAUAGUCUCAUAUUGCAGACACUGUUACACAUGGCAACUGACAAGGGUUUUGGCCUGCAACUAAAAAGCACUAUGGCAAAUAAAAACUCUGGUUUAUGUGUUAAUUAAUGGCAAGUGGAAAGCUCCUGAUGUGUAUUAGCAGGGCGUUAUCAGAUGUGCACAUUACUUUCGACAGUUUUAUUUUGCAGUGAUGUUUGUUUGUUUUUGAGGUACCGUAGUUUACUUUAUCAUGUGUAAACAAAGCUUAAUUAAUAUUUAAUUCAACUUUAUAUUAAAUGAUGUCUGCAGUUUGUGUGUUAUUUAGUGCUUGGAGUUUGUAGAAAAUAUUGAUUACAACAUAAAUGAAUUAAUUGCCAAUUGGGUUGUGCUAAGUUCAACCUCAAAGUACUGCUAGAUAGAGAUACAUGUAUAUCAACUAUUUUUUGUAAUUAGGGUAUUUUUUAUCUUUGAUUUGAAGGUGUUACUAAUUUACAUGUAUGUCAUGCAUGAUUUAUCAUUGGAAAUAAUUUCCUCACUUUUACUUUUUUUUUUUAAAGAUUCUGUUUAUAGUAAGAAUGAGCUGUUCUCUGUAGAAAGAAUGAUAGAAUUGGUGAAGAGAAAAAGACAUUGAUGGUGUACAUGAGUGAUAAUUCUACAUACAAAUAAUUCAAUAUUAUGAAAAGUACUUUAUCUGCCAACACAAAUCUUUGGGUUCAGUUGUACCAGGUUUAGAGAAACAAUUUUACAGGUAGAGUUCAAAGCCUGUCCCUAGGUACAUCAAUAGAUGCAAGGACUUGACUUUAAGAUAAACAUAGGUUUAACAUGACCAGAUUGGCCCUAAAGGCCCAAGAGAUUGACUGCACACAAGAUUUGGUCUCACAAGCCAAUUGUUUGGAAUGUUUCUGACCCCCCCCCCUCCCUCCCUCCCAUAAAACAUCAGCUACAUGACUGUAUAGACUAAAGGUUCAACACAUAAGUUUUGUUGACCUUUGGUCUAAUGACCCUUUUAUCUUUUAGAUCUUCAAUCUGUAGUAAAAUGUGUUAUUAUGGGUGUGUAAAUAUUGUAGAUGAUAUUGUGAUUUUGUUCAAGUAACCUUUAAUAAUCACCUUGAGUUUUAUGAGUUCUGAUAUUCCAUGUAUUCAUGAUAGAAUCAUUAGUACUAUGUGUACAGUAUAUUAUUAAACUCUAUCAUUCACAAGAAUUUAUUGAAUAUAUUAAAACAUAUAUGAAUACCCAUUGAA